AUGACAACUACAUUUUGUCAUUAUUGUAUUGGAGCUAUUGAUGGUACACAUGUGCGAGCCACCGUUACACCGGAAAUGGAGGCUUCUUUUCAUGGUAGAAAGCCUUAUGCUACUCAAAAUGUGAUGGCGGUUGUAGAUUUUGAUCUUCGAUUCACAUAUGUGUUGGCCGGAUGGGAGGGGGCAGCACAUGAUGCUCUAAUUUUACGUGAUGCUUUAGAACGUGCAAAUGGUCUACGUGUCCCACAAGGGAGAUUUUAUCUAGUUGAUGCUGGAUAUGGAGCCAAACGGGGUUUUUUGCCUCCUUUUCGUGGCGUGAGGUACCACUUGAAUGAGUGGGGAAACAACCCUGUGCAAUAUGAGAGGGAGUUGUUCAACCUUAGGCAUUCUUCUCUUCGUGUGACCGUAGAACGUGCAUUUGGGUCAUUGAAGAGAAGAUUCAAGAUACUUGAUGAUGCCACCCCAUUCUUUCUCUAUCCAACACAAGUUGACAUUGUUAUGGCUUGUUGUAUUAUUCACAAUUGGGUUAUAAAUGAUGGGAUAGAUGAAUAUAUCAUACCCGAGGAUGAAUGGGUUCCAAAUAUUACUCAUGCUUCAUCAUCAUGUGGUCAAGCACAUGAACAUGCAUACAUGGCUAAUUUUAGGCAAGGACUUGCUGAUCAAAUGUGGGAAGACAGACAAAACCAUAUGCAAGGUCAAAAUAUGUAGUAUAAUAUUUUCUGUAAUUGUAUUUGUUCAAUGAUUCUGUGUGCUGAAACUUAUUUGCAAGGAUAUAAUAUUUUCUGAGAUUGUAUUUGUUCAACGAUUCUAUGUGCAGAAACAUAUUUGUAUUGACUAUUUAAAUUGCUGAGAUUACUUCAUUUUGUCCAAAUACUUGCUGAUAUUACUUCAUUUUGUCCAAAUACUUGCUGAAAUUAUUUCAUUAUGUCCAAAUACUUGCUGAAAUUACUUCAUUAUGUCCAAAUAAUUGCUGAAAUUACUUCAUUAUGCCCAAACACUUGCUGAAAAUUGUAGGAAAUGGCUAAGCAAGUUUCAUGGACACCAACCAUGUCCAAGUUCAUGCUAACAUGGCUAAGUGAUCUGGUGUCUAGUGGCAAUAGAACAAGUACUGCAUUCAAACAAUCAUAGUUCAAUGCUUGUGCGAGUGCUUUGAAUGAGCAUUUGCAACUUAGCUUGAAUGGAGAUCAGAUCAAAAAUCAUAACACGACAUGGAGGAGGAAACUGCAGAAAAUAGUGAAACUCAAGGACUUGAGUGGUGCACUAUGUGAUGAGGAACAAUCUAUGAUUGUUCUUGAUCAUGAGCAUUACACAAAUCAUAUUAAGAUGAUGAACAUAGCUGGAGGGAGCAUGGCUACAGGGCAAUAUGCAAAAGGCUCAAGUGACGCUCUUGCUACAGAAGUGGUUGAUAUUGAAGAAGAGACUUCCAAGAAACACACUGCCCCACAUGAAGCCCCACAUGAAGAGGUUGAACAAUCAACCAAUGCAGGUUCGUCCGGUCCCAAACCAAAGAAAGCCAAACCAAAUCCUUGUGCGGAAGAGAGGUUGCAUGCCACCAUACUUGCAUCUAGUGAAAGAAUUGCUAUUGCCAUAGAGAAGAGUACUAACACCGAGAACAAUGCCAUAGAUGGUCUUUGGGAGAGCAUGAAAGUACUCCCUGGGUUCAGUUUGGAUUACCUUGCUCAUUACUAUGCAUAUUUGGUUGACAAUCCUCGUGUUGCUAUGGCAUUCAAGGUGUGGGAAGAGGAUCAAAACAAGGUUUGGGUUUCUAGGUAUGUUAAGAAUACACUUCCAGAAGCAUAAGGAUGUGUUGAACAGAUGACUGCCUUAUACUUUUGAUGCAACCAAAACUAUAACUAUGGUUGUAUGUAGUAGCUCUUUUAAGAACCAAGACUAACAAUGGGUUGUACUAUGAUCUCUUUGCAGUUAACUUAUGUAUGGAAUGUUUGACUUAUGUA